AGCUUUCGUCUGCAUCUCCUUCCUCAUCACCUGCUCAUUCCUCGCCUCCUUUCUUUUGCACCCGUCGACUCUGCCUUGUAUCAGCCUUAACUUUCACCUACAGCGCCGCAAGCAGCACCAUAAAAAGUUCCCAUCCCCCGUUUCUGCACACAUAAACCAUGGCCUACGACGCUCAACAGGUUAUAUUGGCUCACAGCUGGACCGAAGACUCUGGCAUUGAUCCUGCUGGCUACUGGAUGGCCGAGAAGCUGGACGGCAUCCGAGCGUACUUUGACGGCACACACUUCUACUCUCGCGCUGGAAAUAAGUUCCUUGCCCCGCCAUUUUUCAGCGAGAAUUUGCCCAAGGACCAGCCACUCGAUGGAGAGCUCUGGCUCGGACGCGGCCGCUUCCAGCAGUGCGUCUCCAUUGUCAAAAACCAAAAAGUCGACCGCUCGGACGAGUGGAAAGAAAUGACCUAUCUAGUCUUUGAUGCUCCCAAACUGAACAUGGUUUACGAGAAGCGCCUAGAGUAUCUCAAGUCAAUUAUGCCCAUGUAUGGCAAAGAUACAAUUCCUACUUCUUCCUUCUCCUCAACUUCAUCCACAACAACCAAGAAAAUUCCACCCUAUUCUCGACUGGUCCCCGUUCAGAAAUGUCUUUCCAAGACCCAUUUGCUACGAGAAUUGAAUCAUGUUCAGAGCCACGGCGGAGAGGGCAUUAUGCUUCGAGCACCACGAUCAAGAUACGAAUUCAAGAGGUCAAGGACACUGCUCAAGGUCAAGACGUUUUUCGACGAAGAAGCCAUCGUGCUUGCGCAUGUUAAAGGGUCUGGAAAGAACUCUCAUAGGAUGGGCCAUAUCACCGUCAAGACACCUGAUGGUCGUUUGUUCUCUGUCGGUUCCGGAUUUACAGACGCUCAGCGAGACCGCCCUCCUAAGGUUGGCUCCAUCAUCACCUACAGGUUCCAGGAGCUGAGUAACAAAUUGAAUCCUCGCUUCCCAACCUUUGUGGGAGAGAGAGUCGAUAUCAAGUGGGUGGAUUACUGCAAAACCUACAAACCGCCUACGCUCAAGACCGCCACCUCCGCCAAGGUGGUCUCUCUUCUGAAGCAAAGCAGCUUGAUCUUUCAGGAUCCAAGCGGCGAUGACCUUAAGAAUCUGACCACAACUGCAUUCCUCGACGGCGAGGACGAUCAAGAUACCAAUGUCGAUACGGAUAAAGAGCAGGGGGAGGAAGAUCAAGUUGACUCAGAUCCGGACUAUACCCCAGCUGACUCAAAUCCGUCGCCUCCAUCAUCGGGAAAUGCGUCUGCAUCGAGCACGAACGCGACAAGGGCAGCACCAAGCAAGAGCCGUGUCGCUAUGGAGCGAACUGCUACCGCAAGAACCCCGAUCACCUCAAGAAAUUUAGCCAUCCUCUUAAGCGUGCUAGAGUUUGAACCAUCGUCACGCGCGUGCACAUCUCUACUAGAAAUAAAAACGAUUUUAUGCUAGAC